GUGGGAAGAAUCUCCCUUACAUUAGUGGUCAGUGGGAAGAACGCUCCGUACAUUGGAGGUCAGUGGGAAGAAUGCUCCGUACAUUGGAGGUCAGUGGGAAGAAUCUCCCUUACAUUGGUGAUCAGUGGGAAGAAUGCUCCUUACAUUGGAGGUCAGUGUGAAAAAUGCUCCUUACAUUGGUGCUCAGCGCGAAGAAUGCUCCGUACAUUGGUGAUCAGUGGGAAGAAUGCUCCGUACAUUGGAGGUCAGUGGGAAGAAUGCUCCUUACAUUGGUGGUUAGUGGGAAGAAUGCUCCUUACACUGGGUCAGAGGGAAGAAUGCUCCUUACAUUGGGGGUUAGUGAGAAGAAUUCCCCUUACAUUGGUGGUUAGUGGGAAGAAUGCUCCUUACAUUGGGGGUCAGUGAGAAGAAUGCUCCUUACAUUGGGGGUUAGUGAGAAGAAUGCUCCUUACAUUGGUGGUUAGUGGGAAGAAUGCUCCUUACAUUGGGGGUUAGUGAGAAGAAUGCUCCUUACAUUGGGGGUUAGUGAGAAGAAUGCUCCUUACAUUGGGGGUUAGUGAGAAGAAUGCUCCUUACAUUGGUGGUUAGUGGGAAGAAUGCUCCUUACAUUGGGGGUUAGUGAGAAGAAUGCUCCUUACAUUGGUGGUUGGUGAAAAGAAUAAUCCUUACAUUGGUGAUCAG